CUUACCUACAGUACUCCGUAUAACCAUCCUCUUUUUCAAAAUUUGUUGUUCCAAGCAUAAUGUCCCUCAAUCCCCUCAAGGCCACAGCCGCAGGCUGGCUCGCCAUCGCCCUCGGCCACACACUCAACGCCAAAGACUGGCAAACCCUCCCCCAAUUCCGCCAACUCCCCCGUCUAGCCUACACCUGCGGGACAAUCGGCUGGUACCAGGGUUCUCUUUUCUUCGUCAUGAAUGCAUUGAUUAACUACACCUGGGCCGAAAACCCGGCCUUGCUGGAUAUCCCACUGAACAGGGUUAUUGCGGGUUUGAUGACGGGGAUUAUGUGGGUUAGCUCCGGGUGGUACGCGAAGAAUGGGGUUUACGCGACUGGGGCAGUGGUUGCUGCUAUGGGGGGUGUGCAGGCUUGGUCUGUUUUUAGUUGAUUUCUGGACUCAGUGGUCUGGAGGUUGGGUGGGGGUAAUUAUAUCUGCUGCGUGGGCAUUUUGUCGCAGGAUUAACAGUCGAAAAUAUAUAUUUAAACAGAGCGUUCGAUAUCGCCUUUGCGGCAAUGCUUGACUAAAAUGGAAUAAAAACAUUUGCGCCC